UCCGAAUAGUUGUAAAUCACACAGGCCGGUUCGUUUCGUUGUCGAAACUUGCGUAUUUCUAUGAAAUUAUAAAAAUCAUAAUUCGGAUCGGUAUCCGUGUUGCGUAUAAAAAAGUUGCAAUGCGGAAAAUUUAUCAUGGGAAACGGUUUGCUUAGUCGUUUGAUCGUUUCCAUCUUACAGUACUCUUGAAAAGCAUUCGUUUCGUCAUUUUUUCGAACGAAGCGUCGGCGAUCGAUUGCCGGCUUGUGUUAUUCGCGGUAAAUAACUGCGGAUAUUGAUAGUUUGUACUACAGAUGUAUUGUCUUUUUACAAAUUCCAAUUCGUCGGAUUGCAGCGUGUUGCGCGAAUACACGUAUAAUCUAUUGAUGUUUUUAUGAAAAGACAUUGUGGCUUCGUUCAGUAGAGGCGAAACACCGUCCGGUAUCGGUACGAUAUAAAUAAAACUCUUUUACGUUCUGAAGCUCAAUUCGCGAGAAUCCGCCGCAGUACUGGUUGUACCCAAAUCCAAAGCGUAAAUUUUAACAUUUCUCAUGUCUAUGUAGUUUGUAAAUUGUUUAGCGUGAUUAUAGUUUGUCUUAUUUCUAACAGCAGUUGAUGAAAUCAUCUUUCUCGCGCGUGCGUGUUCCGUUCACUCGAUUUAAUAUUUUUCCAAAGAAGAUCGAGAUACCCACCUAAAAUGAAUCAUUUGCAAAACGCACGGUUGGUGUUGGCGCAAAAUAUUUCCUACAAGAGGAUAAAUUUACAACAAAGAGUGGAUCAUCGACAUGGAAACAACACUGUGAAUUACUAUAGCAAGGGUCAGCGUGAGGAAAAAUAUCUAUUGGAUCUGUCUAUACCCAGUGUAUACUCAUCUAUAGACGAAUAUCUGGAUAGUGUGUUUAAAAAAUACGAUUUUAAAAACACUCGAGUUAUAUGUAUCGACGGUACUUGUGGAACGGGUAAAUCGACUUUGAUUAAAAAAUCGAAUCGUUUAUAUUUCAAGAUAAACUCCCUAUUUCUAUUGAUAACCAACACAAGUUCGUACAAUCACAAUCCCAUAAAUUCAAAACGAUAUAUAACGACUAAAGAUAUCAUCGAGUAUAAAGACGAAGCUAAAAGUUUUGGCGUGUGUUGGGAUCGCGAUCGUUAUUCCAACUUGCGUUGGCAGUACAUACAUCAGUUGGUGCAUCAUUAUUCGUCGCGCGGAUUGACCAUACCGACCGACAACGAGUUUGAAGUCUUUGGUGUGCUCAACAAUUUCGCCACGCGUAAUAAUUUGUGCGAAAUAUUGGAAUAUCACGAGAACCGAGAACGAGAAUUGAUUCUAGUUUUGACGUGUCGCGACAUAUUGUUUCUAUCAGUCGGCAUUCUGCAUCGAGCUCUGUCGAUUAACUCGUGCGACCCGGAAAGCGUGAUCAAUAACGACUCGUAUAAUUCAAAAGAGGCGAAUUAUCUUAUUGCUCAGAAUUACGUGUACUAUUGGUUUGCCAAACUAAAAGGAGAUCCGUGUUUGGAUAUAUCUUGUGUUUAUAAAUAUUUUGAAGAUUUAGACGCCAAUUCGUUUCAAUCGAAAAUAAUAGAACGUAUAAAUUACGCUCAUAAAUCGGCGUCGUUCGAUUUGAAGACCACAGAUAUCCGAGAAUUGGUUACGUGCGGCGAGGGAUUAUCGUCGCUGGACGACGCGGUGUGCGCCGACCAGAUCAUACAGACAAUGUUCAACAACACCGACGACACUAUGAUUUAUAAAUACAGCAUGAAAUGAGAAUACGAAUUUAGUAUACAAAGAAGGUUCGUAGCGACGAUUAGUUUUAUUUUAGCACAUAUACACAUACAUACAAUAAUGGCAGAAAUACGAUUUUUAAACCUAUUACCGGCGGAACAAGUUUUUGUAUAUAACAUACUCUCUUAUCGAGAAAAUAAAAUAGACUUCGAGAAGGUUGUUAGUUUGGAGGAAGAAAACGGUCUGUCUUGUAUAAAAGCACACAACAAUCACGCAUCCGUUAUAGAAGGAUACGUAUUGAAAGAUGAUCUGUAUCGUAUGGCUAGAAAUUAUUAUAACAAUUUGGAAAUAUUCACGAAAGAUUUGGGCAUAAGUCUACUUUUGGUCAAUUUCGCUAGUUAUAUGGCGUAUAACCAAUACUAUCUUUUUGCGCACGACUUUAAUUGUAUAAAGGAACUCGAUACUUUUGAGGAAAUACUAUUGAAGUGUAGCGGCAAUAAGGUUAAACUGCCUUUCGACAUUGCUAUCGAUAGACAAUGGGGAUUGAAGAGUGUGGAACGCGUUAUGGGAAAGGAUUUAUACACUUUUGAUAAAUUCAUUGGAUUCAUACGUUUUCUCGGCAACAAAGACAUCACUCCGGAAUAUUUCAUAUCGCUGUACGUCGUCGGACAUCAUCCGAGAAUCGUAGAAAGUCUAUACGCUAUGGCAUCUUACAAGAGAUCGUGUUCCAUAAUCAACGAUUGUCGACGAUUAAACUCUAAUAUAUUUAAAUACACUAUAGAUCGGAUUGUAAAAGUUUCGUCCAAAACACACGCGUACAACGGCGUGUAUUGGUUUCGACUUCCGCCCGGUUCCAAGCAAGUGUGGUUUGCGGCGACCAAUGAUAAGGUGGCGUUCAAAGGAUACAUGACCAGAGUCAGUGAACACUCGAUUAUCGAACAUUUUUCCUGCGUCAAAAGCCUAAUCAUCGUGGGUGUGUUGGUGAACGAGUGUACGAUAUAUCCGAUCCGAGUCGACAAUAUGGAAUAUUCUGGAAAAUGGGAAAUGAUGCGUGAUUUAUUCAAAAAACACAACUUUAACGAUGUGUUCAAUACGGGAUCGAUGCCUUCUUUUGCGUAUUCUCACUUUGUAAUUAAUGGAAAAAAUGAAAUUUAUAAAUAUGUAUGAUAAAUUAAAAAUAAAAUUAUACUAUAUAUACAUCUA